CUAUAAGAACGGCCUCCAAUGUAAACAAUAACAAACCCACAAUGACACUUCUCAAUCCUUAUAGAGUGAGGCGGAAAUUAAACAAAUACUACACGUACAUUGUAUUCCUGCUCGUAAUAUGGAUUCUAUGGUAUGGAGAUCUGUUUAGCUUUCACUGGCAGAAGUCUUUGGACCCUUUAGACGGGGUUCCAAGAAAUGUUGUAGGAGAACUGAUUGAAUUGAGGAGGCAGGUCAAGCAACUUAAAACAGUUCUUAAAAAUCACAGGGUCCCAGAAAAAGAAUAUUCGGACCCUUUUUUAACAACCAUCUAUGUCAUCACGCCAACCUAUGCCAGGCCUCAUCAGAAAGCUGAACUUACAAGAUUGAAGUCAGUGUUUCUCCACAUUCCGGCAUUACACUGGAUCUUAGUUGAAGAUGCCGAAGGGAAAACUGAGCUUGUAACUCGCUUCUUGGAGACUUCAGGACUUGAAUACACUCACCUCCACCGGGCCACACCACCAGAAUGGAAGUUAAAGGAUAAUGAUCCGAGCUGGCACAAACCCCGGGGGGUUCUACAGAGAAAUGCUGGAAUUGAGUGGCUUCGUAAAACAUUUGCCAGCAAUAAAAAUGCAAAAGGAGUCGUCUACUUUGCAGAUGAUGAUAAUACCUAUAGUAUUGAAUUAUUUAAAGAGAUGCGGGAUACAAGCACAGUAUCGGUAUGGCCAGUUGCCCUUGUUGGUGGGGUCAUGGUUGAACGACCCCAUGUCAGCCCUACGAGGGAGCCCAAAGGCGGCCACAACGUCAUUGGAUGGCUCACAGGAUGGAGGCCGGAAAGGCCGUUUGCAACGGAUAUGGCUGGUUUUGCAGUGAACUUGUCUCUGCUUCUGAGACGUGAGAAUGCAUACUUCUCCCUAGAUUCUCAAAGGGGCCUCCUUGAGAGUGACUUCCUAGCGAAGGUUACAACUAUGGCGCAGUUGGAGCCCAAGGCAGAACUGUGCACUAAGGUAUAUGUGUGGCACACAAGGACAGAGAAACCAAACAUGAAAGAUGAAUAUAGACUGCAAAAGAUGGGUAAAGCAACCAAUGAGGGCAUUGAGGUAUAGAGGUAAUAAAGUUACUGCAAAAUGAAGGAUAUUGAUGAUAAAUAGCCAUAGUAUUUCUGGUGU